GCGGUCAAGAUAUUUGAAAAAUACUAUACUAAUUAUUUUUUAUAGGAACAUGAGCAGUCUUAGCACACGUCUUGCCGUACUGAUUGCACUGCAGGCGGCGGGCGCAGGGUUGGCCGCCCCCAGCGUGCUUGUCACGCGCCUCCGCUCCCGGAUCGACAGACACUGGCUGCCCAUAGACAAUCAGACGCUCUACAAGUUGGAUAGGGGAGAAAGCAAAAGCCUCGAGUUAAAUACAUCACUAAUACCAGAGUCUCGCGUCUUCAUCACCAUCAGUCCGUGUUCCUCUUCAUUCCACUGGGGGUUGUAUAAAGGAAGUGCGGAAGAUAAUGAAGGUAAUCUAAGUCUUCUAGAAGAAUAUGAGGGGAUGGACAUGAAAACUUUGUCUGUACUUAUACGACCUCAAGAGAAAUAUAUCCUACAGUUAUCAGCAUCUAGUGGUGGAACAGUGGCGGUGAGCGUGCGAGGCGAGUCAACGAGACGGGUUCGGUUACGACUACGCGUGCGAUCGCGGCGCAGGCUCUCGGCCAAUUGGGAUCCAAGUCCUAUAGAUCCACAAUCAACAACAUACUGCGUCGUUGCAUCACAUAGAAAGAAUUAUACGUCGCUCUGCGCUGCCCAAAGCGAUGUCAGAGCGAGUCGUUCGGAAAAUAAAGCGUCUCGUUUCAACUCAGAAGAAAAUAGAUCGAAUCCAGAAAUGGAUAGCUCGAAUCAACGGGAUCGAUCGAGCAAUGCGACCCAUCACAGUACUUCAGUUGAAGCGGACAACAAAGUAGAACUGGACAUAGAUGGAUUAAACAUUUACGAAGGCAACUUUAAAAACAUUUAUAGAAGGAAAAAGUUCGGUCGAAGUACAAAAGUAAGCAGUGAAGAUCCGCUGAUAGCUUGCGUUGGCGACAGAACUCAUCAUGUCAUUGAAAACUUGGAUCCAAGUAUAACAUAUUACGUGAGUAUAUUCAGUGUAUCGAGAGACAGACGCGCCGGGUCUCUCCUAGCCACGGGCACUGUCCGACCUCGCACCUCCACCGCAAAGAGACUGCGCGAAAAUGUUCCCCUGAGAAAUGAAAUCAAAGGAAAAACUGUUUACUAUUUCAAGGCAUGUGUAGGAGUGGGGGGCGGGAUUUGGGUAGCGAUCUCUUCUUGUGGCGGAGCAGUCGAUGUUGAAGUGUUAGUAAAAGGAAAGCGACUGUACAUGGCUAAAAGCAUAGAACCACAUUCGAAAUUUUUCGUGGCUGCACCAAUGAUGACGUCAUCCAUUCAAGAGACCAGUGACGAGGGGUCGGUGCAGUUUGACUCCAGUUCGGAGGAAUCCAAGCUGCGUUACAUCGUACGAGUUGUACCCAGCAAAUGGAAUAGAGACGAAACUGUUAAUGUCGAGUUGGUAACCUCAACUACCAGAUGGGGCAUCAGUUCACCAGAGCUUUUUGACGAAGGAGGUAUAGUGAGAGAGUUGCGGCCACGUCGAUCCUGCAAAUCUGUUGAUAUCGCGUUCUUACCAGCAAUUCAUAACGCUACGGGUGCUAUAAGGUAUUGCAUAGUAGCACGUGAGAGUCCAAGCAGAGAAAACAACUGUGUGUACACAAGGAAAACAAAAGCGCAAUGCGUAAAUCAUAUGCAAAGAACACCCGCAAGAGUGAUAAUCAAGAAGGUGACAGGAUUGAAGCCAGGAAGGAAAUACGCUAUCCAAGUAUCAGCAUCCAAUAAAGGAUCUUCGGUUCCCUACAAUAUACUAUAUGUGGACACCAACGCAUCUUGUAAAGAAGAAUGAAGUAAAGUAUCAGACAACAAUUGACAUAAUUAAUCAGUAUUAUAUUUUGUUAUGAAAGACUUUUAAUUCAAUUACGAAAUCAGCCAACUCAGUGAUUGUAAAUGACCUUCUUCUGCUGCUUGGUAAAUAAUUAAAAAUGUAUUAAACCUUAUGACAAAUAGAUUAAGAUACAAAUGAGUCGCCUGUAUAAUUAUUUUUUUAUCUUUCAAGUAAUUAGAUGUAAGACUGUUUGUAAAUAUUGUAUAAUGUAUAAAAAUCACUAUAAUAAUGUAAUUGAAU